AAUGUCAGCGGUCGCGUGUUGUUUUUACUUCAUUUCAUUGUUUUAUCUCAGUGCGCUCUAUUUGGCAAGAGGCGGUGUGAGCGAACCUUUGCGGAAACCGCCCGCAAUUGAGGCCAAUGUCACCAGCGACGAUGUGACGGAAACGCAGCACACUAUUUGCAAAAUCGCGACGGAGGAUGUGGUCGCAAAUGCACGCGCCACCGUCACAACAGUCCUCGGCGGAGCUUGCAAGGCAAAGACAAUGGACGAGAAGUUUGCGAGUCUGGAGGAAAAAUUAAUCAGGGAAUUCGCGGAUAUCAAGUGGUUGCUUUACAGCGUCCUGGAGCAACAGCCGGAUCACUUGAACAACAACAUACGAAACGCUAAACUAUAUGACGCGACCGACAGUUAUUUGUCCCCGAGGCAGGAUGAGAUCAAUAAAUUCAACAACACCGUGCAAAACUUAUCAACAUCGAACGGUUCGGCAUUCAUUUAUUAUUGGCGGGUGAACAACUUGAACGAGAUGCUGGCGACCUGGCGAACCGGUCGCUCGUUGCGCAGCUCAACAUUUUACGCGGAUCGGAUUUACGCUAUGUAUUUAAAAAUCACACCGAAAUAUUUCCCCGACGGCACGAUCUUCGUAGGAGUUGGACUGACGCACGGACGUUAUGAUUCUAUUGUCGCGUGGCCUUUUUCACAUAAAAUCCGUCUUGAGAUGUUAGAUCAAUCUCCGGACGGGAUGCGUGAUGAUCGACGAUCUCGAAUUUGGGAUCCGGCUACACUCUGCACGGAAAGUUUUUGGGGCAGGCCUGCGGAAAAAGCGGACAAUCCUGUGUGCGUAGGAUUGAGCAUUCCCAGAAAUGUUAUUCUGUCAAAAUCAACGACGUCUCAACGAUACUCAAACAAUAUCAAGUACAUGUGGAACGGUAAUGUAAUAAUAAAACUUACUGUUUAUCUGUAGAUUAUAUUUAUAGCGUGUUGAGAUAUAUAUGUUAAUCAUCUCAGAAAGCAAAUUUGAUAUAUUUUUGCUAUCACAAUUAUAAAAGAAAUGUAUCAACUUAUUGUGUGUGUACGUGGUAAAGGAAAAAUUAUUAAAAGAACGAGCGAACUAAUUAAGAAUCAUUUUGUCUCGUAUAUUGAUUGACUAGGUAUAACAGAUUUUAUAGAAUUUAUUUUGAAUAAAAACUAGAUAAAAAACAAUUAACAAUUUCACUUAAAAAUUAUACGAUUUAAACUUGCUAGUGGCAAAUUAAUUACAAUCUCUUGACCGAGUAUGCGGUAUGUAUACGAACAGGCUAACAGCGCUUAUACGCUGUUAAAUUGCUCUCAUAAAAAAAUGAAGAUUUCUGAACAUAGUUUGUCUAGCUAUAUAUGUAGCACCAAUAUUGCGCAUUGAUUAAACUUUAUAUGAUUUUCGUUUUUUUUUUUUUUUUUUUUUUUUUUUUUUUUU